AUGGAUGCGGCUCUGGCCUUAUUGGACUUACACAGGAGUAAUAAUGACAGAGAUAAUUCCCGGCGUAUGGCCAACGUGGAUGGGCCUGUUCAUAUUGCAAAAACUUUAAACAGUUAUAUAACUUCCAAGACAUCGAAUUCACCGAGUACCAGCCCUACCGCUAAGACAACCACCGCGCAAAAAUCGUGGAAUCUUUCGCCAGGAAGAAAACACCAAAAGCAACCAGUCCCCAAGAAGAAAAUAACAUACGAGGUGGCCACCCAAACGGAAUUCGAAGUGAAUGUAUCUCAAAUAGAAAAAAUGGAAAAAAGUUCAAUGGGAGAUUGCGAUUCUGCAUUCAAUAAAGACAAAGAUGAUUCUAUAGAGAACGAUGUGCCUAUCGGUGAUGGAAAUGCUGUGGUCCCAGCUAGGCUUUUUAGGCAUAUGGAUUGGACUUCAUACACAAACGCUACAAGAAAACUACUAACUGCUGUAUUUUCGAGAAAGGUACUGGCAACCCACUCUUUAACUGGAAAACCUUCUCCAGCAUUUCCAGACAAACCGGCUAAAAAGAAGCUGGAUCCAAAGUUGGUAAAUGACAUUGUACAGACGGUAGUAGAAAAAUGUUGCGUCCCCGAAAAUGUUGUCAGGACUAGUAUCACAACAAAGUGUGCGGACGAAAGCAAAAUGUUCCGAACGCGCGAACUAAACAAAAAGAAGCGAAAGUCCACAAAGAAAGAAAAUAUCGCCCCAGAUGAUGAAUCAGAAGACUCUUCUUUUUCUGAUUAG